AUGAGUUUUGUUUUCAUACUUGACCGAAAUUUAUUUAUUUAUUUAUUCUAUCUAUCUAUCUAUCUAUCUAUCUAUCUAUCUAUCUAUCUAUCUAUCUAUCUAUCUUUUUUCUUAUCCAUUCAUUUGUCUUUUUUUUUUUUGCUUUCUGCUUUCUAUUCAUUUUUCCUACUUUAUUUGCUGACAUAUACAUUUAAUUUCUUUUAUCUAUCUAUCUAUCUAUCUAUCUAUCUAUCUAUCUAUCUAUCUAUCUAUCUAUCUUCAUAUUUGUUUAUUUGUCUAUCUCACUCUGUUCCGGCUCUUUCACAUUCUCUCUCUUUCUCUCUCUCUCACUAUCUAUCUAUCUAUCUAUCUAUCUAUCUAUCUAUCUAUCUAUCUAUCUAUAUAUAUUUUUCUGUCACUCUAUUUCUUUUCCCUUCAUUUCCUGCCUACCAUCUUUGUCUAUUUUCCUUUCCCCUUCUUUCUUUUCUUUCUUUCUUUUCUCUUUCCCCUUCUUUCUUUUUUUUCUUUUUUCUUUCAUUUCCUUUCAUUUCCUGCCUACGAUCUUUCUUUCUUUUCCUUUUUCCCUUCUUUCUUUACUUUCUUUUUUCUUUCUUUUCCUUUCCUGUCUACCAUCUUUCUUUCUUUCUUUCUUUCUUUCUUUCUUUCUUUCUUUCUUUCUUUCUUUCUUUCUUUCUUUCUUUCUUUUCUGUCUCUUUAUUCUUUAGCUCUCCGUUUGAAAUGUUUGACAUUUUCUCUGUUGAUAACUUCGGGAUAUUUUUUUUGUUUUUUCUUCUUUGUGCUUCUUUCUUUCCUGUAUCUUGGCUAUUUCUUUCUUUCUUUCUUUCUUUCUUUCUUUCUUUCUUUCUUUCUUUCUUUCUUGAUGCCCUUUCUUUCAUUUUCUUUCGGUCUUUCUUUUGGCCUUUCUUUCUUUUAACAUUAUUUCUUUCUUACACCAUUUUCUUUGUUUCUUUCAUUUGUCCUUUUUUUCUUUCUUUCUUUCUUUCUUUCUUUAGGUGUUUCUUUUUGUUUUUCUUUCUUUCGGCAUUUAUUAAGGACUUUCUUUCUUUCUUUCAUUUGUUCUUUCUUUCUUUCUUUCUUUCUUUUGGCGUUUCACCAAAUAUCCACCUUAAACUCAGCGGCAGAAAACGCGCAAUCGAAACGGCCGUGCAAACUACUUCUGGUGGGGGUCUCCUUCCUGCGUGUACUAUGAGCGAAUGUGAAAGUUUAAGAGGGUGGGUAGCAAAGGCAUUCCUUCCUCUUUCUCCCUCAGCAGCACCGAUACCAUUGACCGACACAGUCGUUUUUAUUCUUUCUUUAUUUCUUUCUUUCUUUCAGCCAUUCUUUCUAAUAUCUAAAUAUAUUCUUAAAUUAAAUCUUUCUUUCUUUUAUUCUUUCAUUCUUUUUUCUAUUUUCCUUUCUGUCAGUUUUUCUUCCUUCCUCUCUUCUACGUUUUUUCAUUCAUUCAUUCAUUCAUGCAUUCUUUGUAAUAUCUAA